AUGGAUGUCGAGGCCCUGCUAGAGAAGCUCACGGUGGAAGAGAAGGUGACCCUCACAGCCGGCGCCGGAUGGUGGCAAACGGCGACCAUCGAGCGCCUCGGCAUCAAGCCCAUCCGACUCUCAGACGGCCCCAACGGUGUCCGCGGCACGCACUUCUUCGACAGCACACCCUCGGCCUGCCUCCCCUGCGGCACCGCCAUCGGCGCGACCUUUGACGCCGACCUCGUCACGCGCCUGGGCCGGCUGCUCUCGGACGAGGCCCGCGCCAAGGGCGCCCACGUCCUCCUGGGGCCUACGAUCAACAUCCAGCGCGGGCCCCUGGGCGGGCGCGGCUUCGAGUCCUACUCCGAGGACCCGCUGCUGUCGGGCGUCCUGGCGGGACACUACGUGCGCGGCCUGCAGGAGUCGGGCGUGUCGGCGACGCUGAAGCACUUUGUGUGCAACGACCUCGAGAGCGAGCGCAUGGCCGUCAACGCGCUGGUCACGGACCGCGCCCUGCGCGAGAUCUACCUGCUGCCCUUCAUGAUUGCUAUUGAAUUAGGAAAGCCGCGGGCCGUCAUGACGGCGUACAACCAGGUCAACGGCUGCCACGCGGCCGAGAACAAGAUGCUACUGCAGGACGUCCUGCGUGGUGAGUGGGGGUGGGACGGGCUGGUCAUGAGCGACUGGUUCGGCACGUAUAGCACGUCCGAGGCCAUCAACGCCGGCCUCGACCUCGAGAUGCCCGGGCCGACGCGGUGGCGUGGCGGGGCCCUCGCACAUGCCGUCAUGUCCAACAAGGUCAAGAUGGCCGAGCUGGACUCGGCGGUGCGGAAUGUGCUGAGGCUGGUCAAGCACGGCCUGGAGAACACGUCGAUCCCGCCGAAUGCACCCGAGACCGAGGCCAACACACCCGAGCACGUCGCCCUGCUGCGCGAGACGGCUGCCAAGUCCCUGGUGCUCCUGAAGAAUGACAGGAACAUUCUUCCCUUCGACAAGACCAAGAAGGUCGCCGUCAUCGGACCCAACGCGAACAUCGCAACGUACUGCGGCGGAGGCAGCGCGGGCCUCCGGGCCUACAGGACCGUCACGCCCCUGGAGGGCAUCGAGUCCGCCGCCGCGGGCGACGUCGUCUUCUCGCAGGGCGCGUACGGCCACCAGUCCCUGCCCCUCCUGGGCAGAUCCCUCAGGACGCCAGACGGCACGCAGAGGGGGUUCGUGCUCCGGAUCUACAACGACCCCCCGCCGAGGGGGACCACGGGGCGCGAGGCCGACGCCCGCGCGCCGCUCGAGGAGCGCGUCCUCGACGACGCCAACAUCUGGUUCGUCGACUACGAGAACCCGGAGCUGGCGCCGGUGUGGUGGGCCGAGACCGAGGGCGUGCUGGUCCCCGGGGUGUCGGGGGAGUGGGACUUUGGCCUCUCGGUGCACGGCACGGGCGAGCUGUUCAUCGACGGCGAGCUCGUCGUGUCGAACGUGGAGGGCCAGCGCCUGGGGAGCAGCUUCCUGGGCUGCGGGACCGUGGAGGAGACGGGGAGCACGAGGCUCGAGGCCGGGCGGAGCUACCGCGUGCUGGUGCGGUUCGGGUGCUCUGCUACGAGCAGGGUGAAGGCGUCGGGCACCGUCGACUUUGGCCAGGGCGGUGUGCGCUUCAGCGGGUGCCCCAAGAUCGACCCGAAGGCUGCGAUCCAGGAGGCUGUGGAUGUUGCCAGGAGCGUCGACCAGGUCGUCGUUUGCACGGGUCUGAGCGGCGAGUGGGAGUCUGAGGGAUUCGACAGGACGACCAUGGCGCUGCCCCCGGGCACUGACGAGCUUGUCGCGGCUGUUCUGGCGGCGAACCCGAACACCGCGGUUGUUGUUCAGAGCGGAACUCCGGUUGCUAUGCCGUGGAUCGACCAGGCUGGUGCCGUCCUCCAUGCGUGGUUUGGUGGCAAUGAGUGCGGAAAUGGCAUUGCUGACGUGCUCUUUGGCGAUGUGAAUCCGGCCGCCAAACUCCCGCUCACUAUUCCUCGCCGACUGCAAGACAACCCAGCCGCCCUGAGUUUCCGCUCAGACAACGGCCGUUCCCUGUACGGCGAGGACAUAUACGUCGGAUACCGGUGGUACGACACCCUCGACAUCAGCCCCUUGUUCCCCUUCGGACACGGCCUGUCAUACACGACCUUCGACGUCUCCGGCCUCGAGGUGGAGAGUUCCACGAGUCAGGCAAGUGAUCACGUCAGCGGCAGCAGCAACGCCCAGGAGCAGGACAGCCUGAGCGUGCGCGUCAAGGUCGCCAACACCGGCUCCCGCGCGGGCGCGGAGGUGGUCCAGGUCUACGUGACGCCGGCGGCGCGGACGCCGCUGACGAGCUCGAACCGCGACACCAUCACCCGGCCCACCAAGGAGCUGAAGGGCUUUGCAAAGGUCGCCCUCGAGGCGGGGGCCAGCGCCACGGCAGAGGUUACGCUGGAUGUGCUGCGUGCGACUAGCUACUGGAGCGAGAUGGAGGGCUGCUGGCGGAGUGAUGCUGGCUCGUACGGCAUUCUCGUGGGGACGAGCAGCCGUGGGGAGUUCCUUGAGACGACUUUUGUCGUCGAGAAGACGAGGAGGUGGAAGGGGCUGCGGGCUUAG